UCGUCGCAAAUUCCUCUCUGCAGUGCGCGUGUGUGCGUGAGCGUGCUGGUAGGCUACACUGCAUGCCCUAUCGCUGGCUUGAACCUUUCCUCUUUCUCGUCUCUGCAAGAGGGCGUCUUUUACGGUGAACAACACAAAAAAGAAGCCGACCACCCGGGCCCUGUGACUCGGAAAACCCUUUUUACCGGGAACAGUGUUUUGGCCCAACAGUGCACAUCGCUAAAAGUCGCGUCCGGUCGAGCUACCGACGGUGUUCGGGCUGCUUUUCUUUUAAUUGCUUCCUUGCGUGGGAGUUUUCACUGCUACCUUUCACCCCUCCACCAACACACGCGCAUUCGGUGUGCGACGACAGGGCGUCCCCCGGAGAGCGGUAUCCGGCAAUCCACCGGAUCUCGAUGCGUUUUGCCCGUCUUCGAUAGCUUCGCUCUGUUUUGGAAUAGUUAGCGAGCGUGUGUGGACAGCUUCCGGACAGCCUUUCAAUAACCUACCCGUUGGCGUGAACCGGGAGACGUUCAGCUAGCCGGGCGUGUAGUGGGGGAAAGGGCAACUGUGAGGACGGUGUUACGGUGCGGAGUGUUCAAUGCAGUGGUGUAAGUGCGCGUACGUUGGCUUUCCAAGUGAGCAAAAUAGGUGAAAUGAAGUGGGAAAUGAGCCAACGCGAUAGUAGAGAACAGUGAGCUGUGAAAAGAAGGAAGGGAGAACAGUAGAAGAAGCCUACACCUCACGAUCAAGCCUUCUUUUCCCCUAUCAAACAACCUCAAGGGCUAACAGUGUACCCCAUUUGGAGAGAAAACGAAAAGCGAAACCAACUCCUCAAUCCACACACAGCCACACAGAGAGACAGGGCGCACGCUCGCGCGCGCGUUGGGCUGACACAGGCGUGCCGCAGGGGUCUAAAAUGUGUCGGCACAGGGGCGAGCGGGGAUAAGAUGUCUGCACCGAUCAAGCGUAAAAUAACACUAGAACUCGCGAGCAAGAAGACAACCCUCAUCAAGGAUCGCCCCAGCGUGUUCCAGCGGCUUGGCACGAAGCGGAUCGGCCGUGCAGGAGGAUCAUCCCAACAGCAGCUACAGCAGCAGCAGCAGCAACAGCAGCAACAGCAACAACAAUAUCACGGACAGGAAGCCGGCGUACGUGUACCAAGCGAAAGUAAAGAGGAGAUUGUGAAGCGCAUCGUAUCGGCAGCGGAAGAAUCCGGUCCGGCAACGAGCAGCAGCAUCGCCACCGUACCGGAGAGUGUUGCCGCACACGCACGGCUCAUACAGGCGCAGCUGGCGGCCAAAGCGCAGGCAAAGGCAAGUGCGGCCCAAAAACAGCAGCAGCAGCAGCAGGAGCAGGAGCAGGAGCAGCAAAAGCAGCAGCAACAACAACAGCAGGAACAGCAGCAACAACAGCAAAAGCAGCAGCAGCAGCCCGGAGGCAUUCCAUCGCACAGCGAACACUUAUCGGCCGCCACGACGAAAGGUACCGCCGGCGUGGUGGAUAAGGACGGCCCAGAAGCGGGCAACUUGAAGCAGUACUAUCAUCCGCACCAGCAACAACACAUUCACGAAUCGACGCACCAACAUCAUCACCACCAUCACCAACACCACCACCACCACCACCAUCAGCAGCAGCAGCAGCAGCAGCAGCAGGAGCAGCAGCAGCGGCACCGGCAACGGCAGGCACGGUCACCACCGCACAGUGUCAGCAGCGAGCGGAGCAGCAACGCGGCCGGUGCCAGCGGUUGGGACCAGUCGUCCCUCGAGAAUGCUGACCAGGCCAUCCUAGAGCGGAAGCGUAAGGAACUGCAGCACGAGUUGAAGCUAGAGAUGGACGCGUCGAGUUCGGGCAAGAAGAAGGACAGCCGCGGCGAGCUGAGCAAGAAGAUGAAGAAGCUGACCGGCAGCUCGCACCGAUCGCAGCAGCAGCACCUGCACCACCAGCUGUCUCUGCAGCAUGGUGGCGGCCACCAGCAGCUGGGCGUGCGGGGGCAGCAGCACACCUCCACCAGCACGUCGGAGAGCACGAACAGCAGCAGCGGCACGGACACCUCCGAGUCGGACACGUCCAGCACGUCCAGCUCGUCCUCGCACAACUCGAACCACCGGCGGCUGAAGAAGCGCCACGCGGUGUCGGCCCGCGUUCGCACCCGGAACGACACCAGCUCCAGCUCGGAGGGGGGCGGCCCGUCUGCGUCCCUCACCGCCUCCAGCAAGCUGUCCAAGCGGCACGCGAAAAAGCUGGCGGCGGCAGCGGCCGCCCACGAGCAGGAGCGCAACAAGCGGCUGCUGGCCAAGGCGGGCAAGAGCGGCUCCGGCGGUGGCGGCUCGGUGCUGCUCACCAAGACGAUCCGCGUGAAGAAGCUGCUGCCGGGCAGCCCGGGCGGUGGCGGCACACAUCACGUGUCGCGCAAGGUGUCGUCCCGCGAUCUGUCGCCGGCGAGCGCGAAAGCGUCCGCAAGCAAGUACGCACUGAAAGCGUCCUCGUCCUCCUCGUCGAAGAAGGAGAAAAUGUCGGCGAUCGAUGCGCGCGAGCGGGUGCGCGAGAAGGAGCGCGAGCUGGCCCUGCGCGAGAAGGAGCGCGAGCGGGAGAAGGAAAAAAUGCGCCUGCGGGAGCGCGAGCGGGAACGUGAACGGGAGCGGGAACGGGAGCGGCUCAAGAUGCGGCCAGUUUCGCCGCGAAUGCGCUCCGGCGGCGUGUCGCCCGCUUCGUCCCGUGGUGGUGGAACCGGCGGUGGCAGCGUCAGCGGUGGGCUGCCGAUGCGCGAGCUGCAGAGCAAGGGCAAGAAGAGUCCCGAGCGGCGGCUCUCGUCGCCGAUGGGUGGGAUGGCGGCCGCCCGCUACCGGGACAUGAUGCCGAUGCGGCGCGAGCGCACGCCCGAGCUGACGCGGGGCGACGAGCGCCGCCGGCACGAGGUGCUGAAGGAACGGGAACGGCGCGAGCGGGCCGACCGUGAGCGAGCCGAACGCGAGCGGGAGAUGGUGCUGCGGGAGAAGGAGCGCGAGGAGGCACUGGCUCGGGAUCGGCAGCGGGAGCGCGAUCGGUUAGUGGCGGUCGGCAAAGAGCAGCACCAGCUGCAGCAGCAGCAGCAUCAGCAGCAACAGCAGCAACAGCAGCAGCACCUGCAGGCACAGGCACGCGGCCUGCGGCGGGACAAUGAUGGUGGGCUGGAGAAGCCCGAUCGACACCGGCCGGUGGAGCGUCUGCUGCCACGGCCGGCGGAACGCGCCCGUGCACUGGCUGCGGCUCGGUCGCCCGGCAAGUCGGUCGAUCGCGACCGAAGCCGCUCGCCGUGCUCGCCGGGCACGUCGGCUAGGGGCUCGCGGGGUGCGAUGCGCGAGCGAGAUCGGUCGUACGAGCGGGCGGCCUACCUGCACGAGCUGCACGAGCGGCGCACCACCAGCAGGUCGAGAGAGCGGGAGUAUGGGGCGAGUCUGGUAUCGCCGCCAUUGCGCUCGGCACGUCGGGACUCGCCGCCCCCGCACUACGAACGGCACGGCGGGCUGGGCCGUAGCGAGUCCUCAGGUGGAGGGGUUGGCGGCGGUCGCGAGUACCGCGUCGACCGGGGCGAGCUGGCCUACGACGAGCGGCUAGCGAUGGGUGGCAGUGGCAGUGGACGAGGCGGUGACCGUGGUCCGGCGCGCGACGAGUACGUGCGCGACUAUCCGGACGAUCCGCCGCCGAGAAGGGAGGCACCGCCGUCACACCACGACCGGGGCGGCUGGGAGUGCGAACGGGUCGAGCGGAGCAGCCGCUACGAGCAGCAGGGUGGUGGCGAUCGGCGGGGCGAAUGGAGCGACCGAGGCGAUCAGCACGGCUCGAUGGUGGAUCUGGACGGACCGUACCAGAGUGGCAGAGGUGAAGGCGGUGGCGGCGGCGGUGGUGGUGGAGGUGGUGGUGGCAGCGGCGGCGGUGGAGGAGGUGGAGGCGAGCCGCGUGGGUCUCGGGCGUGGGACGAGCGGCCUUCGUGGAAGGACGGUCCGGGCGACUCGUGGCACGGGUCGGACAAACCGGAGCGGGGCAUGCUGCACGGCGACUGGAAGUACAAGGAGCGCCAGUGGGAGCACGAGCAUGGCGACCGCGGUGGCAAUGGGCCGCCCGGUCCACCCCCGUCCCACGGUGGCGGCGGACCAGGCGGUCCAUCGGCGCGCCGCUCCUGGCAGGCGCCACCGAACGGUAGCGGUGGCCCGUCCGGUGGGGCACCGCCGGGCGAUUGGCACGGGCCAAAGGCGGGGCCGGAGCACGAGCGCGAUUUUCUGCACCAUCAACGGCCCGGACCGCCGAACGAGCGCGGCAUGUUCCGGCGCCACCAUCAUCAGGGCCCGUACCAUGGCCAUCCGCGCAAGCCGCACAUCGGCGUCGGGGGCGCCGGAGCUAUCGGCGGUGGCGGGGUGGGCGGUAAUAUGGGGCCGGGCGGUGGUCCCGCUCUGAAUCGCUUCACGCCGAACAAGUACAGCCUGAACCGGACGCAGGCAAACUUGCAAGCCGAACGACAGGCCGCCGGGCAUGGCAUGGGGCCGAACCAAUCGCCGGCUAGCCAGCAGCACGCCCAUGCCCACCGGCAGACGCCACCCGUCGGUGGUGGUCCAUCGAUGCAGGCGGCAUCGCAUCAUGGUGGAGGAGCACCGCCACCCGGUACGAACCAGGCACAGCACCAGCAUCAGCAGCAGCACCACGGUAUGCAUCCGAUGCAGAAUCAGCGACCGGGCGGCGGUUCCCACGAACCACACAUGCACGGCGAACAACAGCAGCAGCAUCAGCUGCAGCAUCAGCAGCAUCAUCAUCAGCAACACCAGCAGCAACACCAGCAGCAGCAGCAGCAGCAGCAGCAGCAACAAACGCAGCAUCAUCAUCCGCAUAACCAUCCCCAUCAUCAGCAGCAGCAUCCGGCAGGCGGCGUGAUGCAACAUCCACCCCAGCAACCCCACCGAAUCGCUCCUGCAAACUACGAGCAGGAUCCAGCGAAACAGCAGCAGCAACAACAACUACAGCCACAACAUCAGCAGCAGCAACAGCAACAACAACAACAACCUCCUCCAGCACAGCCAGCUGCACCAGUCGUUCCACGGCGCGCCGUACUGGACGAACCAGCCAGUCCUGCUCCGGAAGAUGCGGGACCGAGGGUGGUACCGCUUGCCGCUGCCAACGAACCAUCCGCACCGGCCGAUGCUGUUGCCACCGGUGCAACCAUCCCGGCCGCAGUAGCUCCGGCGGUAGCGGUGGGUAGCAGUAUAGCGCCGGCGGCAGGUGCGACGCCCGCGUCACCUGCAGCGGAGGAAACCGGCGGUGCGGUGAUCGAUACGGCGACGUCCGAAGCGCUCGACACGAUGGAGGUGGACAACUUGAGCGAAAUCAGUGACGACCCCGAUGAUAUUCUGACACGUGACGAGGAAAUCAAUGACCACCGUGCGCCACCCACCGGACCGCUGGAACUACGGGCAUCACUCAUCGGCAGCAGCAGCAGCAGCAACGCAAACGGUUCGGCGUCCGAGUAUCGGCGGCCACCACCGUUCCUGUCGAAAGCCCGCUACAAAUCGUACGAGGAUGCGAUCGUCGGUGGCCUUAAGUCGCCCCGCUUGUUGUCGUCCUGUGACAUCAGUGCCAACCAGCUGUGCGAUUCGAUAUCGACCGACCGUAGCGGCAGCAGCCAGCAGGUUGACCUGAUUGGCCAGGAAGGGGAAGGGGAGUUGGGAGUAACAGGCAAGGCGAGCGUGUUGCAAACGCCGGUAGCGGCCAUCGCCGGCCCCAGCGCCAUGCCCAGGGAAGGGGACGCGGCACCAGGCACGGUCGCAACCGGCGGACCGCUGCCGGCAGCAGUGGCGCUGGGCGACCCGGGCGUACUGCCCGAGCUGGCACCAUGCAGUGAGCUGGCCGGCCCGACGCCCGAGCAAAGCAAGGACGCUGGCAAGCUGCACGCGAACAAGGAGCUGAAGGAGGAGAUGGAUCUCGACUUCGAGGAGAUCUCGGACGGCGAGCUGGAGGCGGAGGAGAGUGGCCGCUGUCGCGGGCUGGGCGAUCCGCUCGGCGUGGACUGGGGCAGCCUGGCGCAGGAGGCGUUGCGCCCGCUCAAGCCAGUCGCGCAGCGGGAGCAGCAGUUCCCCGUUUCGGCACGGAAUCGCUGGAAGGCGCACCACAUCCUGCUCGACAUCGGCAUCUCGGCCCGGCUGGCGGGGCAAAACUACGCCCAGCGCGUGCUGACCGAAUCGAAGGAGAAGCUGCGCGAGGAGCUGGAAGAGUUCCGGGCGGCGACCGUGGCUGGCAGGGCUGGAGUAGUCCCGUGCGCCACAGUCUCCACCCCGCAGGAGGAGAAGAAGCAGCUGGUGGCGAAGCAGGAAACGCAGGAGAUGGUGCCGGAAGGGGACCAGCAAGGGCAAGAGCAGGACCAGGUGGCCGAGCGGAAGCACGAGCCCAAGGAGCAGGAUGUAAAGGGGACGGACGAGAGCGCCGCGAUCAAGCUGGAAACCAGUGCGGAUGAGCGGACGGCCAGCAGCAGCCCGGUGGGCGUGAAAAAGCCGUCGCCAGCAGCGGCCGCCGAGCCGGCCGCAAGCGUGAGCAGCGUCGAGCGCGAGCUGGAGGAUGUGGACCGCAUCCUGCACCCGAUCGCGGCCAUCCACGUGGCACUGCGCGAGCAGGCCCGGCUGCGCCGCAAUCUCAUACUCGCGACCGAACCGGUCCCGGGACAGCGGCACCAGUGCGGCCGGGCGCUCAGCGCACGCAAGGACCUGCAGAUUCGACGCCAGCUGUGCGGGUUCCCGCCCGCCACCCUCGCGACGAUGGCGGCCUGCGCAGCGGGAGCCGCCGCCGGCUACCUCAACCAGGAGCUGCACGCGGACGCACCGCUCGGUGGGGGCGGUGGCACUGCGUCGCCCGCCCUGCACGAGCAGAUCGUGCAGAUGUACCGGCAGAUGGUGGCGCAGCAGCGGCAGCAGGCGAGCCAGGGCAUCUGCACCACGCUCGAGGCGGUCUGAGAGUAUCUGCUGCGACCGAUCGGUUCGGUCGCCGGGCAAGGCGAAGCGCGAGCGGAAGGUGAAGGACGGCAGCAGCAGCGGGUGGCCGCGUACUGGCGGCGUCAUCGCAACCACGGUCCACGGUUGAUGAGCGUGGCCGAUGUGACGGCUCUGUUGCGCAAUGCGGGUCGCCCAUAACGAGCCUCGAUAACGUGCAGCAUUCGCGAAUCGAAGCAGGAAAAUGUGUGUAAAAUUUAUGUUUUUUUUUUCGAUUUUGAUACAUACUAUGAUUUGAUGGUAUUUGCGUAUAUAUGGAGCCCUAGCUUAGAAUUAGUCCUGCACUUUGUGUAUUUGUUUGUUUGUCUGUUUACGUGUGGAAUCGCUCAUGCUGCCGUACAAACUCAUGCUGCCGUACUGUGAGCGUACACUCUUUUUUUGUUCGCGAAUUUAUUACAGCUUCGUCAACGAAAACAAAACAAAAAAUACAACAAACAAACAAGUUAGGAAAUCCCUCAAACAUUUUUACGGUAAACCAUGUAGCGUUAAAAAAAAAAUAUACUAAAUUCAAUGUAUCUUGCAAGAUAGGAGAUAUGUAAAAGUCAGUGAGCACCCGCCUGUGUGUGGGUGCUGUGUGUAGCAGAAUGUACGAUUAUAGUGCGUUUGUUUGCGAACGAAACCCAGCACCGUUUAGCUCUUAACGACAAUAAAACUUCUCGAAAAAAGAGAAACAAAGAGA